AUGAGCGGACCAGGAGCUGGCCAUCAAUUCCCCAGCGAGGGUGUGAGUUGGAUGAAGAGAGACAUCCUCCUCUUUGCCAAUAGCAUUGGGUGCACCACGGAAGAGCUCCAUUUUCUUUAUGAGUUACACCCAAACUUUGCAGCUUUCCCAACAUAUCCUGUCAUUUUACCGUUUAAAUAUACCUCUCAGGAGGUUAUUGAUUUCUAUUCAAGCAAAGCUAGCAGAGCUAUUCCAGGUGUACCUCCUCUUGAUCCUAGACGUACUGUCGAUGGGCAGAGGAAAAUGUUUUUCUACAAACCCCUUCCUGUCACUAGUGAGGGCCGCAAGUUUGAGCUACAAUCCAGAGUCAUUGGCGUUUACGAUAAAGGAAAAGUUGGUACUGUUGUGGAAGUGGAGUACCUUAUUGUUGAUAAGGAAACCGGAGAAGUGUACACUAAGAUGAUUGGAAGCGCAUUCUAUAUCGGCCAGGGCAAUUGGGGCGGUCCAAAGGGCCCUGCAAGCGUGAACUUCUCCCCACCUCAGGGCAAGGGCCCCGAUGCAGUCCACGAGUAUCAAACAACUGAAAACACCGCCAUGCUCUAUAGGCAAGCAUUUAUACUCCCCCUCCUACUCAAUGGUGAUUACAACCCGCUUCACGCAGACCCUGCACCAGGAAAGAAGAUGGGUUUUGGCGGUGUUAUAAUUCACGGCCUCUUCAGUUGGAAUAUGGCAGCUCAUGCUGUACUUGCUAAACUAGGCGGCAGCGAUCCCAAGAACAUGAAAGAGUUUCAGGCUCGAUUCGCUUCUCCUGUCCGACCUGGCGAUAAGCUUACUACGGAGAUGUGGAGGACAGGUAAAGUAGAGGAUGGAUUUGAGGAAAUCAUCUUCACCACUAAAAAUGGUCAGGGGAAGGUUGUCUUGAGCAACGGCCGUGCUCUCGUGAGAGUCGUCGGGACUAAGAGCAAGCUGUAG